AUGAAGAUUGCCAGUUACGAGGACGAGGCCACCGCGUACGUGUUGGUGUACUCCAUAGCCGACAAAAGGUCAUUUCGAAAAGCCUGCGACCAGCUACAACGAUUACGGGACGAGGAAAAUAACACCUGUCCCAUCAUUCUAGUUGGAAAUAAGAUGGACCUGGCCAGGGCUAGAGAAGUAUCUAUGCACGAUGGAAAGAUUGCCGCUUCCGACUUCUGCAGCAAAUUCGUGGAAACAUCCGCCACAUGGAAACACAACGUAGACGAACUGCUGGUCGGAACGCUUAAACAGAUAAGACUGUACGAGUCCGCGAUAGAAAAGGCUGAACAGGAGGCAAAAGCAUCAGGCAAACGCAAACAGAAGAAGAAGACACGAAGUCACACGAGUACUUAUCGCAGUUUCCGAAGAGCCACGAAGCGAUUCUUCGGGAGGCUUACGGGAAAGGGCGAGGACGCCGGAGUGGAUAGGACUUGUGAAGACUUAUACGCGCCUCUGCCUUCAAAGAACUAUUGAUAAAGAGACAAUUGUACUUGACUUUUCGAAAGUUGAAUGCAGCCUGAACCCUCGCCGGGUUUCGGGUGAGGAAAAGAACAAGUGAAAAGGGCGUGGUCCCCUUUCGAAGGCAGAAUAGGCCCCACCCCUAUUUAAAAUCAAAGUUGCAUUUUCAUUUAAGGCGUUCUGUUCUGACAGAAAUGCCAUCAAAAGGGGCCCGAUAUCUGUUCUUGAUAAACUAUACAAUGCAGAUGUUUAAUCGAAUUAGUCAACCAUUCUUCCCUGGUGCGUAUUUAAAAUACUAGUCACGCUUCUGUUGCAAUACCCAACUUUCCUUUCAAAUGCCUCGUUUUUAAGGCAAUGAACUUCAGCCUUUUUAGGGUUUGAUACAAGACUGCUAUUAGGAAGAAGAAUUUUCUUAGAGUGCGGCCACCAUAAUGAAUGUACAGUAAAACAAGAGAGAAUUUUUUCUCGUGGAUACUUUCUCAAUUUUAUGUACAGAUGUGUAUAUUGCAAACAACUAACCUCCGUUACUCCCGGUUUUUAUACUUCUGGAUGAUAGCGAAAUAUUAACAUCCAAUUGGGAUAAAUGUGUUUUUGAAUUUCCUGGAUAUAAAUAGAGUCCAAUUUAGCUUAAUUUCAA